UGAGGUCUGUUCCUAACAACAAACGCUUCUUGGCAACGGGGGCGUUUAAGCAGGAAGAAAAGACACUGACCUUCCUCUUUACUCUGGUGAUGGAUGAGACCACGAAACGUCUGAGGGUUCCUCCUCAGAUGGGUUACUAUGCCGACAAACAUAACAUCUUCCACCUGCUGCAGAAUAUGGUGUCCAGUCUGGUGAUUGAUCAGCCCGAGGAUCCGAUCAGUUACAUGAUCAAUCUGCUGCAGAGGGACAGUGUGGACAUUCCCAAGAUCAUAGUUCUUGGCCCUCCUGCUGUGGGGAAGCACACAGUGGCCAAAAAGCUGAGCACUGAGCUGGGAGCUAUUCAUGUGUCCAUAGAAAGUUUACUGAAGGAUCCAUCAGCUCUGAGCGCUCAGGCGCACCAAUACACACUCAAAGAGCAGGAGCUUUCUGCUGAGCUGGUGGUCAAAUUGAUUCAACAGAGACUGGACACUGUGGACUGCUUCAACAAGGGCUGGGUGUUGGAGGGAAUUCCACAGACUCGCCUGCAGGCUCUGAGUCUUCAACAGAUUGGCAUCCUUCCAGAACACGUUGUGAUGUUGGAGGCUCCUGAUGAUGUGUUAUUGGAGAGGAGCCAGGGGAAACUGGUGGACCCAAUAUCAGGAGAUGUUUACCAUAGGACUUAUAUAUUGCCGGCUGAAGACAAUGUUACUCAGCGCCUUGAGAAAGGACAGAGCCGGUCAGAGAAGCAACAAUCAGCUGAGCUGCAUCAUUACCGCUGUGAGGUCACAGGUCUGAGCUCAGCCUAUGAGCACGUGCUGAAGAUCAUCAACAGUGACCAACCGCAUACUGAUGUCUAUCAACAAGUGUUGGCAUUUGUGCGCACUCGUCAUCGCCCCAGAACUCCCAGAGUCCUUCUGUUGGGUCCACCUGGGUCAGGGAAGAGUCAUCAGGCCAGGCUGCUGUCAGAGACAUACAAGAUGGUGGAUGUGUGCUGUGGUCAUCUAUUGAGGUCUGUAGCAGCUGAAGGUUCACCACUGAGUGAAAAAAUUAAACCUUACCUGGAUCAUGAGACGCCAGUUCCAGACUCCCUGGUGCUGCAGGUUUUGGAGGAGCGUCUGAGCCAGUUGGACUGUAGCUGCAGAGGAUGGAUCCUUCAUGGCUUCCCCAGUGACCUGCAACAAGCCAAGAGUCUGAGGGAGUCCCAGCAUCAGCCAAACAGAGUUUUCCUCCUAGAGUUAACAGAUGAUGUUUGUUUGGAGAGACUCACCCUCAGAGCCACAGAUCCAGUCAGUGGAGAGAGGUUUCAUGCUUUGACUCGACCGGCUCCAACUGCCGAGGUCCAAGACAGACUGAAGACCAGAAAAGAGGACAGCACAAAUACUGUAACACACAAACGGAGACAGUACAAGAGGAACAUCGCUGAUAUUCAGACUAUAUUUCCAGGUGCAGUUUGUAUUGAUGCUAAUCAGGAUCCUCACUCAGUGUUUGAAGCUCUGGAGAGCAGACUGAUGACGGACUGACCGACCCCUGGAUACACCUGGAUGCAGAACCAGAAGGAUAAUAACUGCUUGACUCACAUACUAAACUUUCCUUAACCAUCUCAAAAAAUCAAAAUGUAUGUUUUGUUAGAAGAAAAUUGAAUGCAUCAGUAUUUAUUUUCAUCUGUUUUGUAUCUUUACAGUUUUAUUUGAGUCCACUACAUAAGA